CCGGGCUCCUCGACAUCACUUCAACCUCCAUCCUCAACUCAUCUCCUCUCCUCCCCAUCUCUUCUCAUCUCUUCUCAUCUCUCUCAUCUCCAAAUCUCCUUCUCCUCCUCCCCCUCCUCCUCCUCGUCAUCUUCUUCUUAUCUUUCACCUCAUACACUCUUUCCCCCCUUUCUUCUUCUUUCUCCCUCCUCCAUCUUUCCCCCUCCCCUCCUUGCCGACUGCACCACCUCCCCUCCCCCGCAGCCGACAUGUCCAAGCCCUUCGUCCCCACCCCGAGCCUCUCUCGCUCGGGGUCUCCCCCCCUCAUGCGCUCCGCCUCCUCGAGCAGCAUGUACUCGAACAACGUCGAGCGCCGCUCCGACGCGGACGAGAAGGUCCUCAUGGCCAACCUCGGUGGCGCUCAGCGACCUCCUUCCCCCAGUCUCGCCGCCAAGGACACUCCCGCUGCCCCAUCGUCUCGCGAGCAGAUCCUCCCCAUUGUCAAUUACUGCGCUGCGUCCAUUAUGAUGACCGUCGUCAACAAGUAUGUCGUGUCGGGUGCCAAGUUCAACAUGAACUUCCUCCUCCUCGCCAUUCAGUCGUCCGUGUGCGUUCUCGCCGUCUACAGCGUGAAGCGCGCCGGUGUCAUCUCCUUCCGCGACUUUGACCUCAAGGACGCCAAGCAGUGGUACCCCGUGUCUUGCUUGCUUGUCGCCGUCAUCUACACCGGUUCCAAAUCGCUGCAGUUCCUCUCGAUCCCCGUCUACACCAUUUUCAAGAACCUGACCAUUAUCCUCAUUGCCUACGGCGAGGUGUUCAUGUUCAGCGGUAUUGUCACUGGUCUGACUCUUGUCUCGUUUGCCCUCAUGGUUGGCUCGUCCGUCAUUGCCGCCUGGGCCGACAUCUCCUCCGCAUGGUCGACCACGCUUGACCAGACGACUGGCCGUGAGCUUACUGCUAUGCCCACUAUCGGCGGCGUCAGCGUCGGCUACUUCUGGAUGGCGCUCAACUGCGCCUGCUCGGCCGCAUACGUCCUGUACAUGCGCAAGCGCAUCAAGGUCACCGGCUUCAAGGACUGGGACUCGAUGUUCUACAACAACCUUCUGUCUAUCCCCGUCCUCGUUGUCGCUUCGCUUGUCUUUGAGGACUGGGGAUCCAAGAGCCUGUCGGACAACUUCCCCGCGGAGAACCGCACAAUUCUGCUCUCCGCGAUUGUCUUCUCGGGCGCCGCCGCUGUGUUUAUCUCGUACAGCACGGCAUGGUGCGUCCGCGUCUGCGGCUCGACUACCUACUCGAUGGUUGGUGCUCUCAACAAGCUCCCCGUGGCCGCUUCGGGCAUGCUCUUCUUCGGGGACCCGGUGUCGUUUGGCAACGUCUCGGCCAUUGGCGUCGGCGGCAUUGCUGGCAUCGUCUACGCCAUCGCUAAGACCAACCAGGCCCGAGUCGAGGCGGCCGCCAAGGCGCGCCAGAGCGGUGGCCCUUAGACCGCUCCCUAGACUGUCGCUGCCGCUGCCGUCGUUCACAGGGUGAAGGCGGCCAGCAGGCGCGACUGGCGGGCGGUCUCCCGGCAUCUCUGCGCGCUCCAUAAUGGCGCAGGGUCGGGAGCUGCACGCAGUGUGUGGCAUCGUGGAUGCGCGUAGGUCGGAGGGAGAUUGUUCGCGGGCUCGAUCUGAGCUUGGUUGGAGCAGCCGCAUCCACGGGGUCACUCUCGCCGUGCCACUUAGACUUCAGGCUCGGACGUUAUGCACACAUGAUACCGG